AUGGCUGUCUACCUGCUCCUGAUUUUUCUUUUUUCCUUUAGCACAUCUCUUCAAAUGUCUGGUAAUGGAAUAUUUUCAAUCUAUAAUGAAGACAGCAAGCUCUGUGCCCAAGCUCAAAACUCUAGCUCAGUCAUAACUACCUCUUGUGAUCAGCACAACGAGUUUCAGAAGUUCCGCUGGGUCUCGGCCACGCACCUGCUGAGCAUGGCACUCAAGCUGUGCCUGGGAGUACUCUCCAAGGAGGAUGAGGCUGCCAUUGUGUUGGAACCCUGUAACAAGACAAAGGAGCUUCAGCGGUGGGAAUGUAAAGAUGAGAUGCUUGCAACCCCUGGCAAGGAUUUAUUUUUCAUCUAUGGCAAAGAGAAGGGGAAGAAAGUCAAGUUGACCAAAUUAUCGGCCAAAGGGAGCAGAUGGAAAAUCCAUGGAACUGCAGACAGUGUGUGCUCCCAGCCCUACGAGGAUAUCUAUACACUGAGAGGAAAUGCCUUUGGUGCACCUUGCGUGUUCCCUUUUAAGUACAAUGGUAAAUGGUACGCUGAGUGCAUCCCUCGGAGUGUCAAUCCAGGAUCUCUCUGGUGUGCAACUUCUUCAGAUUUUGAUAAAGACCAACUUUUUGGAAAUUGUCCCCUAAAAGACACCAUCCACAAUGACCUCUGGAAAACAAAUCCUGUGACAGAAACUCACUAUCAGAUAAAUGCAGAAUCUCUUUUGACAUGGCAUCAAGCAAGAAAAAGCUGCCAGCAGCAGAAUGCAGGAUUAUUAAGUGUCACAGACCUUCAUGAAGAAAUGUUUUUAUUAGGGCUCACUAGUGACGUGGGUAUCAACGCGAAGCUCUGGAUUGGUCUGUUCAGUCCAGUUGACAGUGGCUGGCAGUGGACUGGGGGCAGACCUUUCAGAUACCUAAACUGGGCUCCAGGAAAUCCUUCUGUGGAAUCUGGAAAAAUAUGUGGAACCUUCCAAGGCAGGAAUGGCAAAUGGGAAAACCAGGCAUGUGAUAGGAAACUGGGAUAUAUCUGCCAAAAGAGAAACUCCUCCUCAGAUUCCUCAACUGUUGCCUCAGGUGACUUAAAGCCUCUUAAGUGCCCCAGGGAAUGGGUGGCCUACGCAGGUCAUUGCUAUAGAAUUUACAGAACACCCAAAAUAUGGAAAGCAGCCCAGUCUUCCUGUAGAAAAGAAGAUGGAGAGCUGGCGAGUAUCCAUAAUGUUGAGGAGUACAGUUUUACAGUGUCUCAGCUUGGGUACAAGCCAGAUGAUGAACUGUGGAUUGGUCUAAAUGACUUCAGGGUUCAAAUGUAUUUUGAAUGGAGUGAUGGAACACCUGUGACUUACACCAAGUGGCAUCUUGGAGAGCCAACCCACACACAGAAUAAGGCAGACUGCAUUGUUAUGAAGGGAGAGGAUGGAUCCUGGGCUGACAGUUCUUGUGAAAUAAAACUUGGUUACAUCUGUAAAAGGAAACCUUUGGAAGAAGAAUCAGGGGAAGCUGAGGUUACUUACCCAGGCUGCCCAAAAGGCUGGGUGAAACAUGGCUUUUACUGCUACUUCGUGGUGCAGCUACCAAAAACGUUUUCAGAUGCAAAAAAAGUUUGUGAAGAAAACCAAGGUUACCUGGCUACGGUGACAGACAGAUAUGAACAAGCUUUAUUUACUUCUGUAAUUGGAUUCAGUCCAGCAAAGCAUUUCUGGAUUGGUCUCUCAGACACAGAGGAAGAAGGGGUGUUCAAGUGGGCCUCUGGGGAUGCGGUCACCUUCACUCACUGGAAUGUAGGAAUGCCUGGAAAGGAAUCAGGCUGUGUGGCCAUGACAACAGGAACUUCAGCUGGAUUAUGGGAUAUUUUGAACUGUGAAGAAAAAAACAUGUUUCUCUGCAAGCAGCUGGUGAAGGGAGUGACUCCCCCCCCACCUCCAGCGACGACCCCUCCCCCAUCGUGCCCAGAGGGGUGGCAAUCCACUCCUUACAGCAGCUUCUGCUUCAAAAUUUUUCAGGAAGGAAGGGAGAAAAUGCAAACAUGGUUUGGUGCAAGAGAUUUUUGCAGAGCUAUUGGAGGAGAUUUGGCAUGUAUCCACAGUGAAGAAGAACAAAAACUAAUGGUUGACUUAAGGGAGAGUUAUCAUCACUCAUCUUACUGGAUGGGUUUAAAUGCCUUAGAAUCUGACGGUGGAUUUGUAUGGAGUGAUGGCUCACCAGUAAAUUUUGAAAAAUGGGUAGAUGGAGAACCAAACAAUUAUGAUGGUAAUGAAAAAUGUGGCGUGUUCAGUACUUACAAUUAUAUGAUGUGGAAUGAUUUAUUUUGUGAAUAUAUCCAGGACUAUGUCUGCCAAAUAAAAAAAGGAGCAACACUGAAGCCAGAACCUACUUCCACAUUCAAGUAUGAGUAUGUUGUUAGUGAAGAUGACUGGAUAAUAUAUAAGCACAAGGAAUACUACUUCAGCAAGGAGCGAGUGCCUAUGGAAAAAGCCAGAGACUUUUGCAAGAAGCAUGGUGGUGACCUUGCUGUCAUUGAGAGUGAAAGUGAAAAAAAUUUUGUUUGGAAAUAUGCUUUCUACAAAGACUGGGGAAAUGCCUUCUAUAUUGGCUUAAGUGUGAGCCUUGAUAAGACAUUCCGGUGGAUGGAUGGAACUCCAGUGAACUAUGUUGCCUGGGCUCCCAACGAACCGAAUUUUGCAAAUAAUGAUGAGAACUGUGUGGUCAUGUAUACCCAAACAGGUACAUGGAAUGAUCUCAACUGUGGCAGUCUUGAGUUAUUCAUCUGUGAAAGGCUUAACUAUACUGUUCGUCCGACUGUUGCUCCUACUUCACCACCACCAAUGGGUGGGUGUGCAGAAGGCUGGCACCUCUUUGAUAACAAGUGUUUCAAAGUAUUUGGCCUUAAUGAAAAUGAUACCUUGACAUGGCACGCUGCAAGGAACAGUUGUAUUAAAUUUGGAGGGAAUCUGGCUACUAUACCAAGAAAAGAAGUGCAAGCUUCCCUCAUGUCCGUCUUAAAAAAUGCUGCAACAGAUGCUUGGAUUGGACUGAACGACAUAAAUCAGGAGCACAAAUACUUAUGGACAGAUGGAAGCCCAGUUUACUACACAAAUUGGGCAAAAGAAUCUCGAAGUUAUUACAGUAAGGUUGACUGUGUCUUUAUGAAGAAGAACCCUAUUGAACAAGCAGGGAAAUGGAAGGAUGAAGAAUGUAAAGAAAGCAAAAGUUACAUAUGCCAGAAAAAUUCUGACCCAAACCUGCAAAACACCCAACCCGUAAUUCCACUGUUUGGCUUUAACAAGUAUGGUGAUGACCACUAUGCAGUCAUGAACUACAAAAUGAGCUGGGAAGAAGCAGAGAAGAAGUGCCAAGAGCAGGUUGCAGAGCUUGCCAGUGUUUUGGAUCCUUAUGUUGAUUCUUACCUAUGGUUACAAAUAGUAAAGCUUGGGCAGCCUGCAUGGAUUGGUUUUAGCAGCAAGAUGACUCAUGGCCAUUACAAAUGGUCAGAUAGACAGAGAAGCAGAUACCAUAACUGGGCCAGUGGAGAACCAAAUAAGGACACAGCCUGUGUCUAUAUAGAUUUGGAUGGGUUUUGGAGGACAGCAUCUUGCAAUGAAACAUUUUACUUUCUCUGUAAACAAUCUGAUGAGGUAAUCCCCAGUGAGCCACCACAGCUUCCUGGGACUUGUCCUGAACCAAAACGUGGUAGAUCUUGGGUUCCCUUCCAUGGUCACUGCUACUAUGUUCACACCACUUCUGAGGAAAGCUGGCCAGAUGCUUCCAUGGAGUGUACUCAAAUGGGUGCUUCUAUGGUUUCCAUAGAAGAUUCAGCUGAGCUGAACUUUCUCGUAUUUUAUUUGUCACCACUUGGAAAUGAAUUCAGGAACUUUUGGAUAGGAUUGUUCAAAAAUAUUGAAGGGGAAUGGCUAUGGACAGACAAAACUGCAGUAGAAUUUGUCAACUGGGAGGAAGGACAGCCUAGAGCGAUUUUUGGUAAAAGCUGUGUUUAUAUGGAUAUCCCAAGUGGAACCUGGAAGAACUAUUACUGCUCUGUUGACAACAAUUUUAUUUGCAAAAUCCCCAAAAUUCCUGAAGUUGAGCCAACCCAUGAGUCACAUGCCUAUAAUGCAUCAAAACAUGAAGCCGCUGCUUCAUCUGCAAACAGUUUAGGUGGGAUGAUUGUUAUACUGAUCUUCUUUCUGCUGACAGGAACUGGUCUUACAUUCUAUUUCUUCUAUAAAAAGAGACGUGAUCAGCAGACAGUUACGCCCAGUUUUGACAAUGCCAUAUAUCGUGGUGAUUCUGGAACACACGAAUCAAAUUGUCUUGUGACCAAUAUUGAAAUAAAUGAGCAGGCAACAGUUUAA